UAAAGCCCCCAAAUGUGCAAAUGUGCAGAAGGCCUGCAGGAAGAAGAGACUGUAAGGUCUGUGGCUAGCAGGUCCUUCUUGACUCUGAAGAAGAUCCAGACAUCUGAUAGAAGGCUGAGGGACUUGUUACCCUUUUCCUCCGCAGGACAAGCUAUCACGAAGCAGCCAAUACUGAGAAUCUGACCUGCCCCAGUGGUUCACAUUCUGUCAAGUCCCUGGCGUGCUCUCAGAGCCACCCUGAGGCUUCAGAGGCCUCGGGUCACAGGUGUAGGGUGUUGGCACCGUUAGCACUUGCGAAGGCUCUUUGUUCUCAGUCAUCUUGGUGGGAGGUGCCCAUGCCCAUUGCCCCCGGGGCUUGUAAGUGGGAUGAGACGUUGAUGACACUUGAUCAAAGGUAAACACUUCAUUCCUCAGCAACAAGAUGGUUCUUUCCUUCCUACUUUGCUGAAAGCGGGACCAGUGGGCCAGAGCAAGCAUCAAAGAAGGCCCAGGGACUUAGGGGUUUCUGGCCAGGAGGUUGGAACUGAGUGUUCUGAAGACACCAAAGAUGAGAUCAGACAGCAGUGUGUCUUUCCUCCUACUCAUAUAACGCCCUUAGCACAGGGUUUCUCAAACCCAGGGGACGGUCCCUCCUUCCAGACUAUCCAGAAACCUUUUCAGUCUCCUAUCAUCCCACCUCUAGGUUGUAAGUGGCCUCAGGCAGGAUGCACCCCUGCCUCCCACUCCUCUGACUUCAGUUUCUGCCUGCAGCCGCUGCCGGCUCUCCACUCCUGUAUUUACAGUAAGGAGUGCCAGGAAGCAGGGAGCAUUCAGAAGCUUUUCUCACUCUGCCCAGCAGCCCAAGGACUGGGUGAGACAGACUCAGUGGUGCACCACAGAGGAGAAGGGCUGGCUGGAGACCGAGGAGUGGGGGCCUUGAGCAAGUUCCUCAUCUUACAGGAUCUGUAAGUUACUGAGCAGUUCUUCGAGGAUAAGGGAGGCCCAAAGGGAGAAUACAGGAGGCUCUGGGCAGGGUGGACAGUCUCUUCGGGCCUAACGUGCCUCUCAUUACCGUAACUCUGCCAGCAGAAGGCAUGGUGCGAAUCGGGGUCUGGCUCCUUUGCCUCCAGCUUGUCCUACGGCCAACUCUGGUGACAGGCAUCAAGGUGGAGAUCGCCAUCAAGAACUUCCGCACCUUACACGUUGACUACCCCAGGAUUAACUACCCGAAGGAUUUUCACGGGUACUGUAACGGGCUCAUGGCCUAUGUGAGGGGCAGAAUGCAGGACUGGUAUUGCCCUAAGAUCCAUUACGUGGUCCAUGCCCCCUGGGAAGGCAUCCAAAAGUUCUGCAGAAACAGCGAGAACUUCUGCGAGAAUUUCAAUGAGUACUGCACGCUCACUCAGAACUCCUUCCCCAUCACCAUCUGCACCCUGGGCUCCAAACAGCCGCCAACCAGCUGCAGCUACAACAGCACCCUGACCAACCAGAGGCUGUACUUGCUCUGCUCCAGCAAGCAAAAUGCUGAACCUAUAGGCAUCAUUGGCCUCUACUAG